AAGAGAUGAACAGAGACUGCAGACAAUACAAGAGAUGACCAGAGACAGCGGACAGUACAGGAGAUGACCAGAGACAGCGGACAGUACAGGAGAUGACCAGAGACAGCGGACAGUACAGAUGACCAGAGAUUGCAGACAGUACAGGGGAUGACCAGAGACUGCAGACAGUACAGGACAUGACCAGACACUGCGGACUUUUAGGGAGGGAGGGGGAGCAGGUACCUGAAUUUGACAGAGUUCUCCUUCCUAUACUGUGGGCACCCGACUUUGACAGCCGGGUGCCCACUGCACAUGCGCGAGAAGUGCUGCGCUUUGUGAAUGGCCUGGCAUCUAUUGGGACCUGUCAUGUGUCCCAGAAGACACCG